UUUCAGCAGAAGUAAUGCAUCCACUACAUGCUAAACAAUCUGCUAACGUAAUUUCAACUUUCUCCAAUUUUUCUGGAAUAUUAUUCUAUAAGAUAUCAGACGUAAAAAGAUAGGACCAAAACAAUUUCCCCCUCCUACAAUGACUUACUCUAUUUAUAAGCAUGCGUACGCCUGGCAAAUGGCAACCAUUCUAUUUCGUAACAAAUCGGGUAUCGUUCUAUUUGGAGUUGUUUCUGAAUGUAUUAGAUAAUUUUCAGAAUGACAGAAGUGAAAAAAGACGACGUUAUCAAAAUUCUACACACUUAUCCACUCUGCAGAAAAUGCGAUAUGUCUGAUGAGAUGAAACAAGAAGCUAUGGAAUUAUGCGUGACAGCUGCAGAAAAAUAUGCCGAUAAUUAUGAGAGUGUUUCUCGAAUGAUCAAAGAAACGAUGGAUAAAAAAUUUGGAGCUUCGUGGCAUACGGUUGUCGGUGAAGGUUAUGGAUUUGAAAUAACGUAUCAAUUAAAACAUUUGUUAUACAUGUAUUGUGCUGGUAAUUUAGCAAUAUGUAUUUGGAAAUCAGCAUAAUUUUAUUUAUUCAAAAAUUAGAGAAAUCAUUUUUUUGACAUGUGAUUAAUAUGUAUGUACGAUUUGUGAAUUUUAUGAAUGCUAAUAAGUUAUAUUAAAACUUAUUUUUUCAAGUUGGAUAAAGUUUAAUAUUUACAAAAUGCAUUAACAAAAAUGCUAUAAUUAUUCCAGUCUAUACAAUAUACACGAAGUAUU